GGUUCCAACUGUAAUGAAACAGCUACCCCCGUGAGAAAGAUUAAAUACCAACGGCAAGUGCUUUAGCCAUCACUUUUUUCUCUCUCAAAAUUUACAUAAAUCAAUAGUGCGUACAUUAUAUUUCACUCUUUUCCCAUCAACCCUUUCAUUUUUCUUUAAUUUUAGUCACAUGUUGACAGUAAUAAGCUUUAAAAACUUUCAUAUGUCAAGAUACAGACACAAAGUAGAAACUAAAGUGGCUCAUAAUCACUAGCCUUUUUCAGGUCUGUUUCUUCGUCAUUUGUCCUACAUUUUACUAAUAAAUUUGGGAUAUGUUGUUCUUUUAACAUAUACACGAAUACACGAUCAUGUAACGUUUUUCUAGUGAUCACUUUUGGUCGGAAAAUGGGCAAGAAAGGCGGCGGCGGCGGAGGCUGGUUUUCUUCGGUGAAGAAGGUUUUCAAGCAGUCUCCCACAAAAGAAUCCCCACAUAAAAAGGAAAGUGUGGAGAAAUGGCAUUAUGAAGCUCCGGAGGUGGUGUCACUUGAGCAUUUCCCAGCAGCGAGCUCGCCCGAUUUCACGAAUGGGGAGAGCAUAGAGUCGUCAUCGUCCCCUGUGGCUAUGGGCAAGGAUCCGAACCGUUAUGUGGCUGUGGCCGCGGCUACUGCAGCCGCAGCAGAAGCAGCAGUGGUGGCUGCUCAGGCAGCCGCCAAAGUCAUUAGGCUGGCCGGGUACGGCCAAUCUAAGGAGGAGAGGGCCGCGACGCUCGUACAAGCCCACUACAGAGGAUAUCUGGCGAGGCGGGCCUUGCGCGCGCUCAAGGGGUUAGUGAGGCUCCAGGCGCUCGUUAGGGGUCACAACGUGCGAAAGCAGGCGCAGAUGACUAUGCGAUGCAUGCAGGCGCUUGUGCGCGUGCAGGCACGCGUCCUUGCUCGUAGGCUCCAGCUUCAGAGCAAGCUGGAGGAGGAGAGGCAGAGGAAGAUCAAGAGUCAAAUGAACAAGUUUGAGAGUGAGCAGUGGGAUAGGAGCAUGAGUAGAAUGAGAGAUAGCCCUAGAAGAAAAUUGCUCUUUGAAGUCAGAAGAGAUAGAGCUCUAACCUACAAUCAGCAACAAAUGGUGUCACAAUGGGGUUGGAAUUGGGUCGACGGAUGGAUGAAUGACGACUCCUCCGAAAUGGGGCGUAUCGAAUCACGACGACCUGCCAUGGACAACGUCCCAAGCUACAUGGCCCCGACACAAUCUGCUAAAGCAAAGGUACGGACUCAAGGCCCAACUGAACAACCUGGCCAGCCAGGGAACCAGUGGAACUCUUCAACUAAGAGAGUCGGUGGAUGCGACUCGUCGAGUUCGGGUGGAGGGACACCUUAUAAUCAGCCUCAAAGAAGCCCGAACCCUAAAGAUGGCAAGUGCACGUGCAGCCCGGAAUCUUGCACUGAGGGCGAGCCUUUUUCAUCGGGUUGGAAACAUACUUCCGGCUCAUAUUAUUUAUAUUAAUAUUGCUACUGUUGAUUGUGAUCAAGUCUAUAUAACUUAGUAGUAUAAUAAAACGUUCUUCAUUAAUUAA